UCGCUUUGAGAUCCGUGGCCAUCUUUGUCGUCGCUCGAAGCCGAGCUCACAAGGGGGCAAUCGAUGGCAGCUAUAAGAUGCUAGAGGACAACGUUGGUGUAGCGCGUCGGUCCCGGGCUGCUCAACGUUGGGCGUCGGCGGUCGUCAAGCUGGAAUGCAGGUCAACGAUGCGAUGCGUCGAAUGUCACGUCGACGAUGGUGCCUCUACAAUCGCCCGCUACGUGUGCAGCUACGGAUGAUGGGUCUAUCUGUCUGCAGCACGCCCUGGCUUCAGCCUCUU